AGAACUAGCUCUACAAAUACCCCCCAGUUAUUCAAUUCCAAUUCAACUUACUCUCCUAGAACACCAGCUCCAUAGCAACACAAAAAUGGAGGGGCAGAAUGAAGAUGUGAGGCUGGGGGCUAACAAGUACAGGGAGAAGCAACCUAUAGGAACGGCUGCUCAAACAGAUGCCAAGGACUAUGUAGAACCGCCUCCAGCACCGCUUUUUGAAGUUGGGGAGUUAUCCUCAUGGUCCUUUUAUCGGGCUGGCAUUGCCGAAUUUGUUGCUACUUUCUUGUUUCUUUACAUCACGGUCCUGACGGUGAUGGGCGUCGUCAAAUCUCCAAACAAGUGUUCCACCGUUGGUACUCAGGGUAUUGCUUGGGCUUUCGGAGGCAUGAUCUUUGCUCUUGUCUACUGUACUGCUGGCAUUUCAGGGGGUCACAUUAACCCAGCAGUUACUUUUGGGCUGCUACUGGCGAGGAAGCUAUCGCUGACAAGGGCGGUGUUUUACAUUAUAAUGCAGUGUCUCGGAGCCAUAUGCGGUGCUGCCGUUGUUAAAGGCUUCCAAAAAGGCCAAUAUGAAAGAGUAGGCGGUGGUGCCAACACCGUAAACACAGGAUACAGCAAGGGCGACGGCCUUGGAGCUGAAAUCCUCGGUACUUUUAUUCUCGUCUACACCGUCUUCUCUGCCACGGAUGCCAAGCGCAGUGCUCGAGACUCCCACGUUCCUAUCCUGGCGCCGCUGCCGAUUGGGUUUGCAGUUUUCUUAGUACAUUUGGCGACCAUUCCAAUUACGGGGACAGGCAUUAACCCUGCUAGGAGUCUUGGAGCAGCCCUCAUUUACAACAAGGAAAAAGCAUGGAAUGAUCAUUGGAUUUUCUGGGUUGGGCCCUUCAUUGGAGCAGCUCUUGCGGCUCUAUAUCACCAAAUUGUCAUCCGGGCCAUUCCUUUCAAGUCCAAAUGAUUGAAUCAACAAGCCCAUGUUAUGAUGUUCCCGAGCUUGAUACAUGUAGUGGGUUUUGUUUCUUGGCUUUAUAAUCUUCCGCUGUUCAUCUUGCUUCUGGUUCUGGACAUAAAAUGGGCAAAUCUGGAUGGUACUUAGUACUGAAAUUGGUGGGUGCAUUACACUUACUAUUAUUUCACUUACCAAAUAUGUAAUAUCGAUCGCUUUCGACUCUAAUAUAAGUUAUUGCUUGAAAUAAAUUCUCUAAAUAUUA